UAUCUUUUCACUUCAUUCAGUAGAUAGUUCCGAUGCAAGUUUAUAUUUGUUCAUAAUAUCAAAUUCAAGUUCGCUAGAGGUAAAAAUGCAUCAUUUAUUCACAAGAACCAGAUUGAUCACCUUCGCUGCUAGUUCGUUUUCUAUUUUUCUUUUCUCCAUUGUGUUGGCAUUCGUCAUAUUACCCGUAAUCAUAGACAAUCAGAUCGACAAGAAUAUAAGAUUGGAAAGAGGAACAGAACAGUGGCAUAGGUUCAAACAGCUACCCUUCAACGUUUCUUUGAAUGUCACACUUUUCGCUGUUGACAAUGUUGAAGCUGUCAUGAAACAUGGAGCUAAGCCAAUACUUCGUGAACAAGGACCCUAUGUUUUUGAUCAAGUACUUGUAAGGAAAGACCUCAGCUAUAAUGACAACAAUUCCAUAACAUACGAUAGGAAGAUAGAAUUACACUUCAAUCAAACUCGAAGUGGUAAUGAUGUGAGCAUUGAUGAUAAAAUAACUACGAUUAACCCAAUCUAUGUGGCUCUAAUGCAAGUACUGAAAGAUCGUAGUUUGGAUUUAUUUGCUCCGUGGGUGGAUAAUUGUAUAAACAAACUUUUCAACAACUCUGCCUACAUACUGAAAGACUAUCCUGUGAGGAACUUGAUGUUUGAUGGAAUGAAAAUUUGUGAUUUCAAUUUAGCGGAAUGCAAUUUCGGUUUCUUUCCGCUUUGUUCUAGAUUCGCUAUAACAAAAACUAUUGAAGAGGUUAAAGACGGAAAAGAGCAUUACAUGAAAUUUUCUCUAUUCAACUAUAAACAAAUAAUUUCUGAUGGAGUAUAUGAAGUGAACUCGGGUAUGAUAGAUAUUUCGAAGAUUGGUGAAAUUGAACAGUGGAACUACUCGAAUUAUACAUCUUUAUGGGAUGAAAAUCUGAUGAAUAACACUUGCAACCAAAUCAAAGGAUCAGAUGGUACUUUAUUCCCUCCUCAUCUAAGUGAGGAUUCUUCUUUAUCAAUUUUUUCCACUGACAUAUGCAGAUCUGUUUCAAUAGUGUAUAAUAGAACAGACACUUAUAAAGGUAUUGAAGGAUAUGUAUAUAAAACGGACCCUAACCUAUUCUAUUCUUCGGUUGAUGAUCCGACUAAAGAUUGUUACUGUUCCUUGAAAAAGGGUACUUUGGAUGAGAAUGGCCAAAAGUCAUGCUUUUUAGAUGGAGUUAUAGAUAUAUAUCCAUGUCUAGGACUACCUGUGUUAGUUUCCCAGCCACAUUUUCUCAAUGCCGAUAAAAAAUACCUUCAGAACUUAGAAGGACUGCAUCCAGAUCCUGAAAAACAUGAAAUUUACGUGCUUCUCGAUAAGUAUACUGGAAUUCCUCUACAAGCUCACGAACGAGUUCAGCUGAAUAUUAUUCUCAGACCAUCUGAAUCGUUUGACUCAUCUAAAAAUUUUGCUCGAACAAUUUUACCAUUAGUUUGGAUCGAUAUGGGAUUGGAUUUACCAGACAGUGGAAUAGAUCUCUUGAAUUCCUUGCUUUAUGAUACUCUAACACUGGUCAAUAUUUCGAAAUGGCUUUUCAUAGGAAUAUCCUUGUGUCUUACUAUUUUCGCAUGUAUUUUACUUGAACUACAUCUUUACUCUAAAUGACACGAAAAUCUUAAGUGAUACUCAAGUGAUCUGAAGACUGAAUACAAUUUUUAUACCUAGACAUUUUGUCGAUAUUCGAUUCAUCGGUUUCAUUAAAGUUAAUUUUGUUUUAUUAUAAAUUUUCCUCAUGAAGUUUUGGAUUGGGAAGUAAAAGACAUUCUCCAUUUGAAUUUUGUAUGGGGAAAGAUUUUUGUGUAGAGAUUAAAUUAUAUCUACUCAUGGGAAUUUUAUACUGCUUUAUUGAUUGAUUCGAUAACGUAUAUUUUGAAAAUGCUUACAGUUGGCUGUCAAUUACUUCACAAAUUAUCGGUCAGGAACUGAAAUUUUCAAUAAAAAAUUGAUAAUUUUCUUAGGCUGCCACUUCUUCUGGACGCAUUGUAUAUCAGCCAGCACUCUGUAUAUUUGUAUAUAUUUAUUCAAGUGUAGGUAUCAUCGAAACAGAUAAAAAGUAUAGAGCAAAAUGCCUAGAUGGUGUAAUAAUUAUAAGACAUCUGAAUGAAGAAUAUUUCUUCUUUUUGAAAAACAACAUGCAUAUAUUUCUUGACUAUGUUAUAUAUUUAUGGAUUUCAGUAUGUAUUGAAUAAAGAUUUUAUAAUGA